AUGGAUGUAUAUAUGAGCCUUUCUUCCGAUUUGGUGCUGGGGUCGUUUCAGGGCCGGUCAGCACAGCAGCAAGAUCGAAAGCGACAUGCGACGGAAAACGGGGGGGGAGAAGGCGGACGACCGAGUCAGCUUGACGUCGACAUCAACCCGAGCGUCAACUUCUGCAUCGACUGGUCUAUCCCUAUCGUGAGGCAGAGCAAAGAGAGCGAAGAAGUUGAAGAGGAAGAGGAAGAAGCGAGUGAAGAAGAGAGAGAGAAGAAGAGGAAGAAAGUCGAAGGAGAUAGCCCAUGGUCCUUUGCUAUGGAUGUCAACUGGAAUAGAUGCAGAGAGAUAUUCAUAGAUAAGACAUUCCAGCUGUCUUGA